AUGUCUAUUAUGGCAAAUUUCCAACGAAUUUUUUUAACACCUUGGUUUUCAGAUGGAAAACAGUACAUACGCUCAUAUGUAAAAACUCGUUUGUUAUUAGGUUUAACAGCUACACAAAUUCAUGAUGAAUUAACUACUGCUUAUCGACAUGGUGUAGUUUCAUAUUGUACAGUUACUCGAUGGAUUCAACGAUUUUCAAAUGAGCGAGAAUCCUUGGAAGAUAAUCCUCGAAGUGGUUGUCCAAUAACCGCCAUCACUCAACAAAAUAUUGAUGCUGUUAAAGAUCUGGUGAAUGAUGAUCUACAUAUUAGUAUUGAUUAUAUUGCUACCAUCUCAGACAUGUCUAUUACUUGUGCUAUCGUGACGAAUGUUUAA